AUGGUAAAAUAUUUGGUGAUCCUUUUGGCCUGUGCUGCCUUCGUGCAUGGAGGUUACGUUAAAAGGUGCAAGGCAGGCGAUACGAAAUGUGCCAAAGAGUCAGCGCAGGCCGCGAUACCCAGCUUUAUAGCUGGAAUCCCUGAAUUUGGUGUGCACAGCUUGGACCCGAUAAAUAUAAAGAAAACCGACGCAAGUUCACCUAAUUUGAACCUCAUUGUUUCUGACUACACCAUCAGCGGGUUGAAGAGUUGUACUCCUAAAAAAGUCAAAUACGAUAAGGCGCAGUCAAAAGUAUUCCUGAAACUCCAAUGCUCGGGUCAAUUGGAAGGAAACUAUGUAAUGAAAGGAAAAUUGCUGAUCCUGCCUAUUGAAGGAAAAGGACCUCUUCAUGUUACCCUUAACAACGCUGAGUUCAGUAUCGUUCUGGACAUUGUUGAUAUUGAGAAAAAUGGUGUUAAAUAUUGGGAUAUCAAGAAGUGGGAUAUGUCGUAUCAACUUAAAGGGAAGAGCAAAGUAGUAUUCGAAAAUCUAUUCAAUGGAAAUGAAGUACUUGCCCAAGCAGCAAUACCAGUGAUAGAAGAGAGCGGAAAUGAAAUUAUUCUGGAAGUCGGCUCUCCUAUUAUUCACGAUGGUAUCAAAGUGAUUGUCGAAGCAGUUAAAAAUUUCUUCCAAAAUGUACCAAGCAGUGAACUGGUUGAAUAA